AAAGUAGCUCUAAGUGGAGUAUCAUGUGUUAUUUUUUUAUGUUUAUUCUAUUUUAAACGCGUUUAUUUGCUAAAUGUUUUUGGUUUGUUUACGUGAGUUUAGCGUAGUGUUGCCAAAUUUGUAGAGGAAUAAAAUUGAUGUUUCUGGCUGGAAAGCAAGCAAAAAAUAGCUAAGAACUAGCCAACACAGCUGAUUUUUGAAAGAAUAACAAUCGUAUUCAAUAAUCGGAUCCAGCAGUUGAAAUGUCCGAUGCACAGGACGCACUGCGUCUUUAUGUGAACAGCAGCAAGGAGCGCCUGCUGCAGCUGCUGCAGCGUCUGCAAUGGACCGAACAAGGUGUGCUCCAGCAACAUCGACCGAAGCAGGCGAAGGAUAAAAAUGAAGAAGAGUUUGAAAAGUUGCCGCCCAGUUGUAUGAAUGCAACAGAGCAAAGUGUGCAACUGGACGCUGUGUUGUUGCAACAGCUGCUGGGUGAAGGAGUCAAGGAGGCGCCACAAACAUUUGAUGAGCUGCAGUUGAACUACAGUGCCUCCCAAAAGUUAAUUCUCUACGAGCAUGUUAUCAAGUGCACGCCAAGGCAGCGUGUGAGCAUUGAGGAGAAUUCCAACUUUGCGGAGCUGGUGGCGGUGACCAAAAGAGCGCAAAAGAAACAGCGCAGACAUCGCAAGAGCAAACCGACGCUGCACGAGGAGAUGCAUCAGCUGGUGGAGCUGCAAAUGCAGGCACUGCAACAACAACAACAGCAGAAGCAGCAACAACAACAACAGCAGCAGCAACGCCAGCAGACGCGGCGCAGUCGUAGUCAUGAGCGCUGGAAAGCCUCCAGUUCCCGGGAGCAGCAAAGAGAGCGUAGUCCUGUGCAUUGGAAAGCCUCCAGUUCCAGGGAGAAGCACAGAGAGCGCACUCAAGAGCACUGGAAACGCGCCAGCUUCCAAGAGCAGCGCAGCGAGCAUAGUCACAGCAGUAAACGUUCCAGCUGGCGCGAGCAACGCAGACAGCGCAGCCGCAGUCGCAGCAGGAAACGCAGGCAGCGCAGUCGCAGCCAAGAGCGACACAAAAAACGUUCCCGCUCUCGUUCCCGCUCUCGCUCUCACUCGCAGCGUCACAAGCGAUCUCAUUACAAUUAAUUUCACAUAUAUAGUUUCAGUUUUAAUAGUAGCGAAAAAAAAAAAAACAAUUGUAAUUAUAGUAUUUAUAACGCGUAAUUUCUGUUAUUGCUGUGAGCCUCGAAGCUUGGCAGUUUACUUGGUGGAGACGCGUGUGCGUUUAUUCCAGGCAAAGUUGACGCCAUAGUUCUUGACGCGCUCCUUCUUCGGCUUCUGCUCGGCGUCGACGUACCAACGCCAACCGUUGCGCUCGCAGUAGGUGAUUGCCUCCUCCUUGCUGCCGAACUCCACAUUCAUGUUGGAAAGUGGAUCACCGCUACAAACAAAGAGAGAAACAGAGAGCAUAUUCCAUUAUACUGCAUACAGGGUACUCCUCAUACGAAUGAUUUUGUAAACAUUACAACAGAGAUAAUAGUGCAAAAAUUACGAAAAAUAUAUAUUUUUUAACAUAA